UACAUCUUUUCACAUACCAGGAGUCAAGCCUCAGGAGGCAGGAUGCUCUGGGGGCUGGUCCUGCUGGCCCUGUGGACGCGGCCUGGUGCUCCAGCUGGUGACCAGGCUGAAGACACUUUCUUCGACCUUUUCAGCAUUAGCAACAUCAACAGGAAGACCAUCGGUGCCAAGCAGUUCCGCGGGCCUGACCCCGGCAUGCCAGCUUACCGUUUUGUGCGGUUUGACUACAUCCCCCCAGUGAACGCAGAUGAUCUUGGCAAGAUCACCAAGCUCAUGCGGCAGAAGGAGGGCUUCUUCCUCACGGCCCAGCUAAGGCAGGACCGAAAGUCCAGGGGCACUCUGCUGGCUCUGGAGGGCCCUGGUAACUCCCACAGGCAAUUUGAGAUCGUCUCCAAUGGCCCUGCAGACACCCUGGACCUCACCUACUGGAUCGAUGGAACCCAGCAUGUCAUCUCGCUGGAGGACGUGGGCCUGGCCGACUCCCAGUGGAAGAACAUCACAGUGCAGGUGUCAGGUGAGACCUUCAGCCUGUACGUGGGCUGUGACCUCAUCGACAGCUUCACUCUGGACGAGCCCUUCUAUGAGGAGCUCAAGGCGGAAAAGAGCAGGAUGUACGUGGCCAAAGGCUCUGCCCGCGACAGCCACUUCAGGGGUUUGCUUCAGAAUAUCCACUUAGUUUUUGAAAAUUCUGUGGAAGAUAUUCUAAGCAAGAAAGGCUGUCAGCAAGGCCAGGGAGUUGAAAUCAACGCCAUCAGCGAGAACACAGAGACGCUGCACCUGGGUUCCCAUGUCACCACGGAGUACGUGGGUCAGCGCGUGGAGAAGAGGCCGGACGUGUGCAAGCACUCCUGCGAGGAGCUGGACAACAUGAUCAACGAGCUCUCGGGGCUGCAGCUCAUUGUCAGCCAGCUCCACGAGAACCUGAGGAAAGUGUCAAAUGACAACCAGUUUCUCUGGGAGCUCAUCGGUGGCCCUCCUAAGACAAGAAACAUGUCGGCUUGCUGGCAGGACGGCAGGUUCUUUGCAGAAAAUGAGACCUGGGUGGUGGACAGCUGCACCACGUGCACCUGCAAGAAAUUUAAAACCGUUUGCCAUGAAAUCACCUGCCCGCCAGCGACGUGCGCCAACCCCUCCUUUGUUGAGGGCGAGUGCUGUCCCUUCUGCACUCACUCGGUGGACGGUGAGGAGGGCUGGUCUCCAUGGGCAGAGUGGACUGAGUGCUCUGUCUCCUGUGGUUCCGGGACCCAGCAGAGGGGCCGGUCAUGCGACGUCACCAGCAACACAUGCUUGGGCCCCUCCAUCCAGACACGAGCGUGCAGCCUGGGCAAGUGUGACACCCGCAUACGGCAGGAUGGCGGCUGGAGCCACUGGUCACCUUGGUCUUCGUGCUCAGUGACCUGUGGAGUCGGCAACAUCACACGCAUCCGUCUCUGCAACUCCCCGGUCCCCCAGAUGGGAGGCAAGAACUGCAGAGGCAGUGGCCGGGAGACCAAAGCCUGCCAGGGCGCCCCAUGCCCAAUCGACGGCCGCUGGAGCCCCUGGUCCCCGUGGUCCGCCUGCACGGUCACCUGCGCCGGAGGCAUCCGCGAGCGCACGCGGGUCUGCAACAGCCCCGAGCCGCAGCACGGCGGGAAGGCGUGCGUGGGAGACGUGACCGAGCGGCAGAUGUGCAACCGGAGGAGCUGUCCCGCAGACGGCUGUCUGUCCAACCCCUGCUUCCCUGGGGCCGAGUGCAGCAGCUUCCCCGACGGGUCCUGGUCCUGCGGCUCCUGCCCGGCGGGCUUCCUGGGCAACGGCAGCCACUGCGAGGACCUGGACGAGUGCGCCCUGGUCCCCGACCUGUGCUUCCCGAGCGGCAGGACGCAGCGCUGCGUGAACACGCGGCCCGGCUUCCACUGCCUGCCCUGCCCGCCGCGCUACCGGGGCAGCCAGCCCCGCGGGGUCGGCCUGGAGGCCGCCAGGACGGACAAGCAGGUGUGCGAGCCCGAGAACCCGUGCAAGGACAAGACUCACAGCUGCCACAGGAACGCAGAGUGCAUCUACCUGGGCCACUUCAGCGACCCCAUGUACAAGUGCGAGUGCAGGACGGGCUACGCAGGCGACGGGCUCAUCUGCGGGGAGGACUCGGACCUGGACGGCUGGCCCAACAGCAACCUGGUGUGCGCCACCAAUGCCACCUACCACUGCAUCAAGGAUAACUGCCCUCAUCUGCCUAACUCUGGGCAAGAAGACUUUGACAAGGAUGGAAUCGGAGACGCCUGUGAUGACGACGACGACAAUGACGGCGUCAGCGAUGAGAAGGACAACUGUCAGCUUCUUUUCAACCCCCGCCAAUCUGACUAUGACAAAGAUGAGGUUGGGGAUCGCUGUGACAACUGCCCGUAUGUGCACAACCCUGCCCAGAUCGACACGGACAACAACGGAGAGGGGGACGCCUGCUCUGUGGACAUCGAUGGAGAUGAUGUCUUCAAUGAAAGAGACAACUGUCCCUACGUCUAUAACACGGACCAGAGAGACACGGAUGGCGACGGCGUGGGGGACCACUGUGACAACUGUCCCCUGGUGCACAACCCUGACCAGAUGGACGUGGACAAUGACCUUGUCGGGGACCAGUGUGACAACAAUGAGGACAUAGAUGAUGAUGGCCACCAGAACAACCAGGAUAACUGCCCCUACAUCUCCAAUGCCAACCAGGCUGACCAUGACCGUGAUGGCAAGGGGGAUGCCUGUGACCCUGAUGACGACAAUGACGGUGUCCCUGAUGACAGGGACAACUGCCGGCUUGUGUUCAACCCAGACCAGGAGGACUCAGACGGUGAUGGGCGGGGCGAUGUUUGUAAAGACGACUUUGACAACGACAGUGUCCCGGACAUUGACGAUGUGUGUCCCGAGAACAAUGCUAUCAGCGAGACUGACUUCAGGAACUUCCAGAUGGUCCCCUUGGAUCCCAAGGGGACCACUCAAAUCGACCCGAACUGGGUCAUUCGCCAUCAAGGCAAGGAGCUGGUCCAGACGGCAAACUCGGACCCCGGCAUUGCCGUAGGUUUUGAUGAGUUUGGGUCUGUGGACUUCAGUGGCACAUUCUACGUCAACACUGACCGGGACGACGACUACGCUGGCUUUGUGUUUGGCUACCAGUCGAGCAGCCGCUUCUAUGUGGUGAUGUGGAAGCAGGUGACUCAGACCUACUGGGAAGACCAGCCCACCCGGGCCUACGGCUACUCCGGAGUGUCCCUGAAGGUGGUCAACUCCACCACGGGCACCGGCGAGCACCUGAGGAACGCGCUGUGGCACACCGGGAACACCGAGGGCCAGGUGCGCACGUUGUGGCACGACCCCAAAAAUAUUGGCUGGAAAGACUACACUGCCUACAGGUGGCAUCUGACACACAGGCCUAAGACGGGCUACAUCAGAGUCUUAGUGCAUGAAGGAAAACAAGUCAUGGCGGACUCAGGACCAAUCUAUGACCAAACCUACUCUGGCGGGCGACUGGGUCUGUUUGUCUUCUCCCAAGAAAUGGUCUAUUUCUCAGACCUCAAGUACGAAUGCAGAGAUGUCUAAGCAAGAUUUUCUGCCUUUCCACCAAUGCCUGGUUCAUGCCGUGUUACCCAGGCACCCCGGUCCUUGCAGCCUCUCUGUGCAGCCUUCCUGCCUCUUGACCUUAACUCUGAUGGUUCUUCUCUUCCUGCCAUCAGCCCCAAGUCCAAGUGCCUUCAGCGGAUAAGUAUUAGUGGAACCCAAAGAUGAAUACCAACCACUACAGGAAAACAUUUGAUGACACAUGAGACUUCAUGUGGAGUGAGAGUUGGGCAUGGCAUUACGUUGCUUUUUCUCAUUUGUUUAAAAAGAAUGACGUUUACAUAUAAAAUGUAAUUACUUCUAUUUAUGUGUAUAUGGAGUUGAAGGGCGUACUGUGCAUAAGCCAUUGCCAUAAAUUAAGCACGAACAUAUUGCUAAACUACGUAACGGUGCCUAAAGUCUUCACUGUUCUUGGAUUAGAACUGUUCUGCAAUCACACGCAAAUCCUGUUAGGUCAGUUAUAAAGAAGGGUCAACCCAAGUCUGAAGUAAUUCCAUAGGAGGCAAGAGGUUAGAAGUUAAUACUCUUGGGAGACUGUGGCCCGAUGUCAAGUGAUGUAAGAUAUCAGUUAACCUAUUGGAACAUAGAAAAUAAUUACAAGAUAAACAAAUACCUUGUCCUCCAUUCUCCUCUGUCCUACAGUGAAAGCCCUCAUAUUUGGUAGAGAUGUAGUUUUAUCAAAGAAGGAAUAUCCUUGCAAAAUGGAUCCAGUGUGGUUCCAGAUGUGGACUUGGCAGAGCCGCAUGUGAGUGAAAGUUUAAUAGGCCGAGUGGCUUUGCAUAAGCCGGCCGCUCCCGUGGCUGUAGCGUUCAGAGAUUUCCCAGCCAGCUGUCGUCUGACUUUGCAUUCUCGUCUCUGAUUUUUUUU